CGUGCUGGUAAUAAUCUAAUUGUAGGAAUUUCAAAAACACAAUUUGGAGAUUCUGCAAGAAAUAAAAGGAAUGAUAAUGAUUAUAGUAUUAUAAAUUUAACUGAAAAAACGGUUAUUGGACUUGAUCCGGGUAGGAGGAAUCUAUGUAUAACUGUUGAUGAUAAUGAAAGGGUUAUACAAAUUGGUAUAAAACAAUAUCAUCAUAUAGCAAACUUUAUAUGA